AUGGGAUGUCAGAUUUCUUCUGAUGGCAAUUUUGAGACACCACCCAAUUAUGAGGAAUUUUGGAAUCAGCGGAAACAUCGGAAUCAGGUGGUGAGACAGAAUAAUUCACAAAGGUAAGAAGGAAGCUGUCAGAAUCAAAAAGAAAAUUGCGAAAAUUUCAGAAAAGGUUGGAAAAUUGUUCGAAUUUUGGUGGUUUCCACUUAUAAAGAUUUUAAAAAUGAGAGAAGUGCGGUUUUGUCGAUGAUUGAGAGGCAAAUUCAACCGGUGGCUGCGGAAAAAUUGAUUUUUUUACAAGUUGAAGAUUUGGCUUAUGUGAGUUUGGAAAAUUUGGUGAAAAAGUGAUUCAAAAUUUCGAAAUUGAUAUAUUUUUGUGAAAAUUUUUGGGACUAAAAAUCCGAAGUCAAAAUUUAGCUCAGAAUUUUAAGAAAAAACUACCAGACCUGGGAAUUUUCACUUUUUACUGUUUUAAGGCUCAAAAAAUCGUAAAAACCACUAAAUUUAGUGAAUUUUGACAGAAUCAAAUUUAAACUCAACAAAAAACACAUUUUUUUUAAACAAAUAUAUUGAUUGAAUCCUGUUAAUUAAUUUUUUAUGGAAAAUAAUAUUGUUAAAAUUUUUAAUUUUUAAAGAAAUUUUUACUUUUUACGGUUUUACGGCUCAAAAAAUCGUAAAAUAAUUCGUUAAAAAUAGUACAUUUUUUUAAAAACACAACAAUUUUUAAACAAAUAUAUUGAUUAAAUCCUAUUAAUUAAUUUUUUUAUGGAAUAAUAUUGUUAAAAUUAUGUUGGAGUUACGGUAAGUUACCAACUUUUAAUUAAAAAAAAUUUUUUUUUUUUUUAAUGUUUUCAGUGAAAAAAGUUGAGUACUUAACAAAAUUUUACGAAUCUUACGAUUUUUACGGUUUCCUAGACCACUUUAAGGCCCCAUUUUAAGGCCCCACAUGAAAUUUUCCCAGGUCUGACCUAAAAUUUCCCAAGUGUGACAUAAAAUUUCCCAGGUCUGACCUAAAAUUUCCCAGAUCUGACCUAAAAUUUCCCAGGUCUGACCUAAAAUUUCCCAGGUCUGACCUAAACAAACCUAUCCUAACUCAAUCGCACCCAAAUCCCAACAAACCAAAAAUUAUUUCAGGGUUCGAAAAACUAUAUAGACGAAAUAGCCAACAUCUACCUGAUAGCAAAAUGCUGCUGUGAUGACAAUAAAAUCGCAAUCUAUUGCCAUUUCCUAGGGUUUGUGGUUUUUUCCGGUUUUUUGUCGUCGUCCACCUUUUUUUUAAAUUGAACCGGUUUUCUUUACGUUUAGUUUGGUAACCUUUUCUUUGUUCUAGCAAAAAACAAAAAAAAUUUUUAUUUUUUUUUUUUGAAAAAUUUUUUCCAGAGAAUGCGCUGGUUUCGUCAUCGAUUCAACGUUUUCCGAUGAAAGUUUUCUUCAGCAAAAUGAAAUUAAAUAUGGCCAAACUUUUUCCGAAACAUUUUUACAAUUAAAUGCUGUUGAUUCCAAUAAUUGUGAGUUGGGGGGAUUUUUUUUGAGAGCAGGAUCUUGCUCAGCAAAAAAUUCUGACCCAGCCGGGUUCGAACCCUGGUCUCUGACUCACUAAGCAAAGCUUUACCCAGCUACACCACAUGUGUACAUCUGCAUUUUUCCAGCAUUAUUUCUACAUCGAAAUCCUGAUUUCCUCUACGAACUUCCAUUCAAUGUCACGAAUUUUGUCGAUCCGCAAAAAGGAAGAGAACGUGCACAGCAUUUUGCACAAUCUGUCAAAAAACAUGUGGUAUGUGGAGGAUUUUUUAUCAAAAAUUUGUAUUUUUUAUUAAAAAAAAUAAAUUCAGAAGCCCGCAAGCUUAUUGGAAUAUUCUGUCAAGACUUCUGGAAUCAAUAACACACAUUUCAAGCAAAUUUUAUUUGAUGAUUUAUCGAAAGCCACAGAUCCUUUGAGAUCUUUGAUUGAUUCAUUCAUCGAAAAAUUUCCAUAUUCGGAAGAUAUCAAAACUCUGACAGUGAAUCAGAAAAUUCGCGAUUUUUAUCAAAAUUCAUCUUCGAAACGCAUCUCAAAUAUUCUUCAAAAAAUAAAUUCGAAUAUUAAAAAUCAUCGAAAUACUGUGAUUUUUGGCGAUUAUUCAACUGGAAAAACCACAAUUCUCUACAAAAUUUUAAAGGAACAUGGCUCCGCGGUUUUUAUAAAAGCUGAAGAAGGGAUGAAUAUUCGACAGGAACUUGAGAGGAAAUUGGGAAUGGUUAGUUAACAGCCUGUGUCGGGGGAAAAACUCAUUUCGCUAGAGCGCGUUUGCAGCGCUGUUUGUGUACUUCUCUCGGACGAUUUUUUAUUUUUGUUUCUGUGUGUUUUUCACUUUCUUUAUACAAAAAACACAGAAAAAUUGUCCGAGAGAAGUACACAAACAGCGCUGCAAACGCGCUCUAGCGAAAUGGCGAGAAAAGUUUUUCACUGAUUUCGCUAGAGCGCGUUUGCAUCGCUGUUUGUGUACUUCUCUCGGGUGAUUAUUUGUUUUCUGUGUUUUUCUCACUUUCUUGAUUAAAAACACACAAAAAAUUAAAAAUCGUCCGAGAGAAGUACACAAACAGAGCUGCAAACGUGCUCUAGCGAAAUGAGUGAAAAACUUUUCUCGCCAUUUCGCUAGAGCGCGUUUGCAGCGCUGUUUUUGUACUUCUCUCGGACGAUUAUUUAUUUUUCUGUGUUUUUCUCACUUUCUUGAUUAAAAACACACAAAAAAAAUUAAAAAUCGUCCGAGAGAAGUACACAAACAGCGCUGCAAACGUGCUCUAGCGAAAUGAGUGAAAAACUUUUCUCGUCAUUUCGCUAGAGCGCGUUUGCAGCGCUGUUUGUGUACUUCUCUCGACGGUUUUUUGUUUUUUUUUUCUGUGUUUUUCUCAUUUUCUUUAUUAAAAACACACAGAAAAUUAAAAAUCGUCCGAGAGAAGUACACAAACAGAGCUGCAAACGCGCUCUAGCGAAAUCAAAACAAUGAAUUUGUUCAGUUUAUACAGGAAAUUGAUGAGCCCAAAAUUCGACACCUAAUUCUCAUUGAUGAUAUUCAUAAUGUAAGGUUUCACGUUUUUUUUUCAAAAAAAAAAAAUAAAUAAAUUCAAAAUUUCCAGCUUUCCACUGAUCUUUCAAGUUAUACCCAUUUGACGAUAAUUGGAACAAGUCGAAAAAGAAAAUCAGCUUGUCAAAUCCGCAAUUCAUCGAAAUCCCCUCUCAAGAACCCGAAAAUAUUCAAGAAUUGCUCUCGAAGUUCACAAGUUCCGAAUCGAAGGCAACAAAUAUUCUGCGAUUCGCAAGAGAGCGCCGACGAAAAAGUUUGGGAAGUAUCGAAGAGGGUUCGAAUGAACCAAAUUGGAAUGAUCUGA